AUUGUUCAAUAUGCAUAAAUUAGGGAGGGUACUUUUUUUUUUGCAUAUCAGACAAAGUCACAGAGCUUUUAGCAGCAGCAGCAUCUGACUUCUGGGUAGACCAUUUCAGAGCAAGCAAUGGCCGAUCACAGGUGGAGUGAUGAGUUUAAUAAUCAAAUAAAAGAACUGGAUACUAUUGACCUGUGGACACUUCACAUGACUGAAGAAAAUGGUUUUCCAAAUGGCAGGCUAAAAUAUGAGCAAACCACAUUUGGCAGCUUUCGGUGUUCAUACUGUAAACAUCAAUGGAGUUCAGCCAAUGUCCACAUUAUGUUCCUGAUAACACUGGCCAGAGCCUGUAAGCAUGGCAUUGUAGAGAUGAAGAUUUCCAAGCAGUCAUGCAAGAUGUGCAAUAGUGGUACGAUGGAAACCUCUCAGAUUUCAUAUGAGAAUAUGAAAAGAAUGAUAAAGAAUUUGGUUUUGAAGAUUAACCGCACAUUCUAUGAACAAGAAAAAUAUGGGAGACUUUCAAGGCCAAUUAACUAUAAUAAGAAGCAAAAUGGCCCUCAUGACAAAGAUCACUUUGAGAAUUGCCUGGAAGUUCAUCAGGAUAAGAAAUAUCAACAAGGUUGGUCAUUUCAUCUGGAGGAGCAAUGGCAACAAGGUCUCUCACUUCUUGAGGAGAAGAAAAGUCAGCAAGUUGGCUCAACAGCUCUAGCUGUAGCGGGUGUCGCAGUUGCAGGGAUUGGGGCUUUAGCAUUAGCUUGUAUGGUAUUUGCCGACUCCUCUAAGAAGUGAUUUUACCCAUUUGCAUGGUCUGAGUUUAACAGCUUUGUUAGCAUUAGCCUGUCGAUUCAUACUGUCCUUUUAAUAUGUCUUCAGUUAUUAACCGCUCAUAUAAAUCAUAGCAAUUAUUG